UCCACAGGCCGUUGCGAUCCGGUCAUUAGCCAAGGCAGCCGCGCUCGCGCCAUGUGCGCGAGGAUUGGAUCUCCGUGGCGUCGUGCCAGUCCACGGCGGCUUCUACUAAGAUGACAUAAAUUUUCUUCAAAAAAAACAAAAUUCUUUUACAAAUGGUCAAAAUUUGAACCAGCAGCAUGACUUCGCGGAACCCGGCAGCAAAGCAGGUGGGUCGGAUGAAGUCUUCGGACAUAGUAAUGUCCGUUGAUGGCGAAGGGAUGGUGGACCCCGAUGAUCGACUGGCAGCCUACCCGAAAAUCGUCAAGAAGAAGAAAAAGAAGUCUCAGGAUGAGGAAGAGUACCAGGAAGCGAGGACCCACCGGCUGCACGACGCCAGGCAGGAGCCCAAAAGGCUCGAUGCCAUGGCGGAGACCUCGGACAAGAAAGAUUCCUUCAUGGAACAGGCCGGUACCAGUAGUGCGAGCCCGUCCAGGAAAGUCGUCACAGACAUCUGGGUCAACCCCAAAGAAGCGGUCAACUGGAACCUCGACUCUCUGGUCACCCUCAACGUUUUAGGCAGAGGCAGCUUUGGCAUCGUCUACUUGGUGCGCCAUAGAGUCAACCGACAGCUGGCUGCGCUGAAGUAUAUCCGCAAGAAGAAUCAAAACCCGGAAAAGGAGCGCAAGCGUGUCGAAGUUGAGAAAGCAGUGUGGGAAGCUGUCACCGAUCACCCUUGCGUCGUCACACUUCGGGCUUAUUUCGAGACUGCAAAAGGGUGGUGCUUUGUUAUGGAGUAUCUACCAGAGGGUUCCAUUCGCGACCUCGUCCGCAAGAAAGGUCCAUUCAAGGAAGAAACGGCAAGGCUUCUGUCGGCCCAGUUGGCGCUGGCUAUCCAGCACGUUCAUGAGAAAGGAUUUCUGCACCGAGACAUCAGUUCCUCAAACGUGCUCAUUGAUAGCAGAGGCAACGCAAAGCUUAUCGACUUUGGUUUAAGCCAGAUUGGCACGGAAGCGUGGAGUCGAUGUGGCUCUCUGGCUUACAUGGCACCUGAGGUUAUAAGGCAAGAACUCUACGGCACGUCAGCGGACUGGUGGUCCUUCGGCAUUGUGCUCUUCGUGAUGCUCGUUGGGAAAACACCUCUUGCGAUCUAUGCCGCCGAAAAGGGCGUUGAUCUCCACCUCGCCAGGAAGGACAUCAGAUAUAGACUUGCCUUGAUAGCGCCAUUAAAUAUUCCAAGGACCUUAUCCAGGUCAGCACAGACGCUGCUGAAGGAUAUUUUGAAAGAGAAUCCGAAGCGGCGACUGGGCUGCAGACCCGAGGGCGGCUUCGAUGACAUCAUGAAGAGUCCUUUCUACGCUGCGAUCGAUUGGUCCGAUGUGUCCUGUUUGAGACGAAGGAAACUAAAGUUUUGUAAAAAGACUCGUAGCAAGCACAGCAGGAAGUGUCCAGCUCGUGCGAAAAGGCGGCUCCCUCCCGAGCACAACGAGAGAAGAAGGUUCCAACGUGUCCACGUAGCACAAUAAAGAAUAUUCUGAACAAUGCCA